CUGUCAGACUGGGAAGAGACGCGGCGGAGCAAAGACUGCAGACUCAAGUGAUUGAUCAGGAUCGAUCCCACUCUGAGAAACUAAUAUAUUCAUUUCAAGUGCGUGGUGUGAUCCUCCGGGGGACUGUCACACACACCAAAAGGCGCAAAUAAAGAGUGUUAACAGGCUACUUUCUGGACCAUAACGGAAUAAGGAGACAGGGGAGGUGCAGGAGAAUCUCGGCGGUGCGGCGGAUGAGAUGCCCGCGCAGAAUAAUCGUGUCUGAUUCUGACAAGGCAAUUUUUGAUUUCAUCCGGAAAAAAAAAAGAGGCACCACUCCCGGUUGUUUUUUGUUGACAAUCCAGGACGCAAAUGCCACAUUACAUACACACCCGUGGAUUGUAGCAGCAGCCCCACCGAUGCUGUGAGAGGGCGUUAAGGUGCGGGAAGGGAGUGGGACAAUUACAGGAUGAGUGAGCGAUACAUGCAGAUCGGAAGUAAAGGGGCUCUACUUGUAAUGGUGCUUGUGAUCACCGUCUGGGAGAUGACCGUACCAACAGAAGGCGCUACAGCAGCGCACCAGGUCCGAACAGGCACCUGCGAGGUGGUGGCGUUGCACCGCUGCUGCAACAAGAACAAAAUCGAGGAGCGGUCACAAACUGUGAAGUGUUCUUGCUUUCCCGGACAAGUGGCCGGCACCACCAGAGCCUCCCCAUCGUGUGUAGAUGCCUCGAUAGUGGAGCAGAAGUGGUGGUGUCAGAUGCAUCCAUGCCUUGACGGGGAGGAAUGCAAAGUUCUUCCUGAUCUGAAGGGCUGGAGCUGUGCUACAGGGAACAAGAUCAAAACUACCAAGAUUUCCGCGGACAAAGAGCAGCUUUGGUAACGUCAGAUGCUUCACAGGUGAACCAACAGCUCAUGUCUUUGUCAGAUGAUCAAAAGAGAAUAAAUGCGGAGGACCUUUCUGUAAAUAGAGACUUCCUUUCUUUUGGACUGCAAUUAAUCUUUGGAAAACUGAAUGCUUUUUCUUGAACUGUAUGGACAUCAAGGACGGAUCAUCCAGCACUUCUUUUCGAAGGACUCCAUAUGAUUAGCCUUACCGGACAACAGGAUUAAUUCUCUGACAUUGUACUGCUUGUAGUGGAAUACAACGGUGAACUUUGCCUAUAUGUUAAUUUAUAGAGUAAUAUGUCCUUUACAGGGGAUUUGCAUCAUCAAGUUGACCUGGGUUGAACAGCAGGUCAGUUUGUUGUAAGCCUUGCAAAUAUUCAAUACAAAAUGUGAUUUUCAAUUGUGGCUUUCUUCUCUAACAACGUGUAGUUUGAAAGGUUCAGAUAUACAUGAAAAUAUGUGGCCGAGCAGCAGAAAUUCAGGGUGAUUCUCAAAGAAAUACACAACCACUUACAUCAAUGUUUCAUUAGUGUAUAUACUAUAGUGGAAUACUGUAAACCUACUACACAAUAUGAGGACAGCUACAUUGACCCGGUGCUGUAAAAAGGUAUGAACUGAUGAAACCCAGCAGCUGUUAAAAGACAGAAAGUUGGAUCCAGGCUGAUUUUUCCUUCUGAAAAUCACUCUGCCCAUUUCCUGCCGCUUAUGCCAGAUUUUGUUUUCGUAUCACUGCUCUGGAGUUCAGAUUCUAGAUAACAGCAGUGCAAAUGAAACACACACAGCAUCUGGUCACCGGCUGUGUGAUGACAACAGUGUUCCCCAAACAGUUUUCGAGUAGUUACUCAAGUAUGAUUUACUGACCACCUUUCAGUAGGUAUCGCUGGCACUUCCUUGUCUGUGUAAGUGAUAACAUCAGUA